CUGAUAAGGAUGAUACCACACUGCAGACCACAGCCGCCGCUGUCGUCUUAUUUGGCCUUGUUUCGUCUGGGUCGAAAUCGAGAUAAUCGUGCCGUCUUGAUAUCCCAAUUUUUCAGGUGGAUCGUUUUGCAUAGAUCCGUUUCGGUAUUGACUCCAACCCGUAAGUAUUCCACCCUUCUUCCUAAGAAGAUGCCACCCGCAUCGUAUUUUUUUUGAAAAGCACCACUUCAUAUUCAAAUUAACUCAGCAUGGCACCCUGGCAGGGGGGUUCUUCGUUCGAGGGUCCGGCGGCGGAGGACGAGGAUGUCAGCCUCGGUUUUGAUAACCCCGCCGCGGAGCCCAUAAUCAGCCAGAAGGAGAGAACGUCGACGGACAGCAACUUUAUUGAGGAGGACGACGUGUCCAUUCUCAACUCAGAGGCCGCCAUUGUGGAUUUGGAGGGCCAAGAUUUGAUUUUUUCCUUCCUCGAAGUCACGUAUGGUUUCAUCCUCCGCCCUUGCGCCGUUGCGUCCGAACAUGUGUUUUCUCAGAAAGCGCGGCGGAACUACAACCAGCUGCUGGUGUACAUGAGCAAGGCCUUCGGCCACAACGUCCCGGCGGAAUUCCAAGAAUGCGUAGACACCGAGACGAUGAACGUGCAAAGGAAACUUCGGAAUCAAAGCAUGUACUACAAUUAGAUACUUCAGAUUUGCGCCGCUCACCUUCUUGUUGGCUGGACAGUUACUUUUUCAAUCGUUCUGAAUCUGAUCCUAGACAGAGUUCGUAGUUUUUCAGUACAGCAUGACCACGGAAAAUCAGUAACACAUCAAUCAAAAAUCUAUGCUAAAACAAAAACAGGCUCUACGUGCCCCGGCUUCUUCCGAACGCGGUGAUCUGUGACGCCAAGCCGCAGUUCAGCUCCGAACAGCUCCACGACGAGGUUCUCCCUCUAACCGUGUAUUCCACGAACUACACCGGUGAGAUCAACAGCAAGCCCUUGUUGAAGAAGCGAAAAUGCUGCACCGUCGGGAUGUCGCACAUAUUGGACUACGUCCAGGUGUUGUCUUUCGCGUGGUGGCGACAGCGCAACCCGUUCGGGAAAAUGCUGUUCGGCUUGGUCUCCGCGUUGCUCUUUUCCGGCCUACUCUACGGCUUCAUCGUCCAGUUUCGCGACUGGAAGUGGCCCGACUAUGGGCAGGUGCACUUCUUCGUGUUCUGGUACACGAUCUUUCUCGGCCUCUGCACCUUACACUUCGGCGUCUUCAACCUGCAGUUUUCCAAGGACCGCUCGCUGUUCAUCAACCAGCUGCUGUAUCUGUACUCGCAGCAGUGGGAACACUUUCUGCACGACCGGGUGUUGGAGAAAAAGAAGCAAGAAGAGGAGCGGAAGCAGAGGCAGCAGCGACUUGCGCGGGCUUUACCAAACUCCCCGAAUGAUGGAGGUGCGGAUAGUAAAAUGAACUCCAGCACGCAAUCGCCGUUCUCGACCGGUGUGGACAGCCACAGCACCACGACCGGGUCUGCUGGUGUCCGCGAACCGCUGCAGUCCGCGUUUCAGCGUAGCUACGAGUCGCCGGAAACUUCUCCGGGCAUGACCACGCGACUGCUCGCGGCCACGGGGAGCUACGGCACGACUGGAACAACCGAAGAGGAGCUUGCGAACCCCGCUUUGCCGGUAAACACAGCAACAAGUGCAUCAAUACCUGGUGCGAACAGCACUUCUGUGACCACUACUGCGCAAACUAUGUUCGGACAGCAAUUAUCGAGCGCUGACGUCACAAAGGAGCUCGAGAGACCCUCUUCCUUUAACUUCUCGCUCACCCCCCGCGCAUUCAACCGCGCCACCGCGAACAACCAGAAAGCGCAGCUGAGAGCAGCCGGGUCGCCCGCACCGGCGGAGAAGCUGUACGGCACCUACCGCGGGCCGUUUCUGACCACAGUCGGUUCACUGCCAUCGGACGAGCAAAACUGGUUCCAGGAUCAUUUGUACACAUCCCCAGAAAUCCAGCGCCAAAAUUGGGACUUCGUCCAAACCCUCCGUCGGUCCAGCGGCUGUUGGGCCGUGUUGAUUGGGUACAGCUUUCUGAUCUUCGUCACCAUGUGCAGCAUCAGCCUGGCGCACUGGUCCAACCCGGGCGUGCUCCCCAUCGGGGCGCCGAGCGCGAGGAAUAUGUUCGGCCUAUCGGAGUUACAACCCGCAAAGGACGUCGCAGCCGCCGCUGCGAGUUCUACAGACCCGCUCACCGCGACCACCACGGCCGCGCCCGAGCUGCAGAACAUCUGGAACGUGGACCCGGAGCGCGACGGGUUCGACCCGAACAAGUCCGAGGGGGUCACGGACAAGGAACGCGAGGCGCAGGCGAAAUUCGAGGAGAACGUGAAGAAACACAUCCAGGGUGCCGCGCCGGGCGAGGGAUUGCGGUGGUGCCGGGAGACCAUGCAGUACCUGCCGGACAACGCACACUACUGUAGCUACGACAAGUUCGUCGUGCUCGGGAGAGACCACCACUGCCCGUGGGUGGGAAAUUGCGUCGGGUUCGGAAACUACAAGUUCUUCAUUUUGUUCCUCUUCUGGUACUGGAUCAUGGCCGUCGUCGGGUUUUUCAUCAACAUAAGAGGUAUCACAGGCUUUUUGCUUUGCAAUGCUUUUAUUUCGCUCUCUUUCCAUUCACUCCUGGUGGUCCAAGCAAAAAGAAAAACGUGUAUUGAUGUCGCGAUUUGGAUCUCUCCUCUCGUGUUUCUAGUUAUGCCAACCGCCCCUGUCUACUCUAGGUCUAGCCUCUAACUAUCUAAAGAGUGUGCGUGUCUUCGUGUUACUACAAACGCACUUCCAGAUGUUGUAGCGUCGAUAAAAACGAAUACGGAAAACAAAAACUACAGCCAUCGCGUUCUAUCUUUUGUCCGACGUGUGUGGUGACACGAUUUUCCGCCAGCGCGGCCCUGCGUUAACCAACUUCGUUGCGGAGCAGUUUCCGCAAGGGCAUUCGGAGUGGGAGUACGUCCGUGUCCUGCUGUUUUUUGUCGUGAAGCGCAAUCGCUACACCGACGAACUCGACUGGUCCGACGAGUCUUGGGGAACAAAUUCUUCGCGCAGCGAGUGCAAGGCCGUAACGUCCGAAUCCGAAGAGGAUAUGAGAAACGCCAACUCAAGUGGAGCAGGUAAAAAAAUUAGCAAUGAUGUUUCACACUCGUGCUUUGUGUGUAAUUUUUCGAAGCACUUUUGGUUCUUCUUGGCAUGUCAUUGGCGUGCCAGGCCUAGGGCUAGGAUAGAAAAUCUGUAUCUCACUGCAAAGCGGAAACGUGACUCACUACAACAAAACAGCUGUAGUUUCCAAGUCCCCGGCGCGACCUGCGAACGUCCCCCAACUCCAGAACCUGGAGCAGAUGAAUAAGAAGCACCUGUCGGAGCUCUCUUUGAAAACGAGAAGGUACAACCGCAGCUUUAUGCAGCGGAAGUACGGUUGGAAUUUCGUCCGCUACUACCUCUCCGGCGUGUUUUUCAAUCUUUCCGACGUGCGGAUCUUCGCCCUGUGGAUGGGGCUGGUGUGGUACGGCUUCUGCGUGGGAUUCGUGUUCCUCGUCGGACAACACCAGCUCGCGCAGUUUACCAAGGGAAAGAUGCUGGGCUCCUGGGACAAGUUUGCCCCGGACGAGCACAACACGCUGUACCAGAACACCUGCCGGUGGCUCGGCGCCAACCCCUUGCUGUGGUUCAUGCCCAUCCCGGGCACCGGGAAUCCGCACAACGGGUGGUAUGAGCCCGGUGCGGACCAGUGGAACGGCCGAUAAACCGACCGGGUGCUUUGACAUCGAGAUUUUUUUACAAAAAAAUAUAAACACUUGUACCAGCCGCAUGUACUAGUCCAUCAUGAUACACGUUCGAGCCGCACCGAUACUAUGUGACGGGUGCAAUGUAGUUGUUGAGAUAUUUCGAAUGUACUAGGCGUUGGCCCACCGAGUUUAUUUUUCAAGCCACACGUACUGCUUACUUGAUAAAUCAAUUACAACAUCAAUUUCUCAACACGAGCACACCCGCAUUUCUUCUUGACGUGUACUUUCUGUUUCCAUGAACAAAAGAUGCGAAUGACCUUGUACAUAGUGUUGUGCGCCGUGUCGUCGUGCACUUAUCAAAAUUAAACGAUAUUGGUCUCUGCAUGUACAACUAUUUCACUUCCCGAUUCUAUGAUGUAAAAAUAAAAUUUGUUUCCGAUGCUUCUGUUUGUAAAGAAUUUCGCUGAGACUGAGUCAAAAAUUGGAUAAACCCGUGUACAACUACUCGCUUUUUGAUCGCUGUCCUUGACUGACAAGUUUCCACAAUAUCCUG